AUGCAAUGGCUGCAAGACCUGCCUAGGGUUAAGGGAGAAAUGGGAAUUCUCUGGGGCCAGUUGACCCAAGCACUGGUUUGCAGACACUGUGGCAGCAGCUGCCUUCAGAGUCCAGGGAAUCUGGGUCUACCCCUUCUGUAUUAUUUGACUUUCCUUGGUUUAUGGAGGCAAAAACCAGAGGAGGAGGAGGAAGAGGAAGAAGAGGAGGAAAAGAUAGAAGAAGAGGAAAAGAAGGAGGAAAAAUCAUCUAUGAAUCCAUUGAAGUCACUUUCUCCUACCAAAGAUAAUCCCAUUGGAGAGCAAGGCACCGAAGUCCCACCCAAGACACUCUGUGGUUCCAAGAGCCUCCCCAAGGCCACAGAAACACCAGAGCAAAUACUCACACCACCCUCAAACCCCUUCGAAUCCUUCCCCACCUUCCAGAUCCUGACCAACCUGCCUGUGAAGAACAAGACAACACUGGGGGGCUGCCUGCAACACAGAAAAAGCCAGCUAUUCUGGGGUCUCCCUGCUCUGCACAGUGAGUCCUUGGACACCAUCUUCCUGAGCCCAGAUGGCCCCUCCUCCCUGAAGUUGUCUGUUUGUCCUUCUAUUUUCUUCAACAAGCUUGCCUUCCUGUCUAGGUAUAACUUGCUGCUUCCCCAUUAUCUCUCCCCAACCCAGCUUCUUACUCAUGAAGCCCAUACUACAGAAUAUUUGGGAAGAAUGGCCUCCAAUCCUCAGUUAGUUCUACCUCCAUCCUCCCCUCCUGUCCCAUCACCAUCCCUCCAUCUUAAGCCCUUGGCUAGGGACCACAAGCAGGUCCUAUCUGGUGCUAAGGCACACACACAGUGGCUUGCACAGCACAAAGAGGUUCCUUGGGUCUCUGAGGAUCAAGUGCUGUACCCACAGCCUGAACUCCAAAGAAUGAAACCUUCUAAGCUCUCAUCCUCAUCUGAGGCCUGGUGGAGGGUGCUAAGGGACUUCAACCUCCAUCGACCCAGUCCAGGGUCACACUCUACCUCUCUACUAUAUGUCUCUAGACCUCUGGAAAUCCCGACUAGGUUUGAGGCCCUGUGGAGGACCAUGGGGCAAACUAAGCACCCAAAAGCCUCUGAACCAGCAAUGUCAGCUCCCAGCCCAAUCCUAACUUCCCUGACAGAACUCCAGACAGUCAGCACCAUAGUAGGCCUGUCUAGAUCUAAGUCCCUCUGGGAAACCACAGAGCAAAAAGAAAACCAUCAGCUCUCUGAGCCCCCAAUCCUGGCCUUUUGCCAACCCACAAUACCCAUAAUGGAACCUCAAGGAACAAGCUCUCCAGGAGUUGUACCUGGAUAUGAAGCUCAGAGGGGAGCCAUAGGUCAUAAAGAUAGCCCCCAAGUUUCUGAACCCCCAAUGCCAGCCUCCUGCCAACCACCAGCUUCUCUGUCAGAAUCCCCAAAAGUAAGUCCUAAAGGAGGACUUUCUGAGUCUAAGGACUUCUGGGGAACCAUGGGAUACAGACAGAACCCUCAAGUCACUAAGUCUCCAAUGCCACCCCCUUGCCCUCCCCUAGACUCCCUGUCACAACUCCAAAACAACAGUCCCCUAGAAGGUAUAUCUGGAUAUGAGCCACAGUGGAGAUGCAUAGAAAACUCAGGAAAUCCCUGGGUCUUUGAACCUCCAUGUGUGGACCUCAGGUCAGGACUCUAUGAAAGCAGUUCUGAGUAUGUCCAUUUAGGACAUAAGACUCCAUGUAGGGGCAAACAGAAUAGAGAUCUUCGGGUCUCUGUAGACCCAGUUUCAUCUCUCAGCCUUCCCUCAGCCUCUCUGAUGGAGUCUUUAGUAAUGGGCUUCCGGGAAGUCCUGUCAGAGUCCAAAGCUUUGUGGGAGACCAAGGGGCAGAGGGAGAAUCCCUGGGUGUCUGACGCUCCAGACCCUAUCCAUAGAACAUCUCCAACCCCCUUUACAGAACUAAACAAAAUCAAUACUAUGAAUGGCCUCCCUAGAUCAGAAGCUAAAUGGAAGGACAGGGAGCAUUCCAGAACCUGGGUUUCUGAGCCCCCAACUCUUGCCCCUGGCCCAUCCCCAGCUCUUGUAUUAGAGCCCCUCAGAGAUAGCUCCAUGGGAGUCCUGUUUGGUUCUGAAGCUAGAUGUGGGGACCCACAAAGAAAAAAGAACUCUUGGGCCUCUGAGCUUCCAGCUCACAGCUUACCCCAAGAUCUGCAAGGAGACAAUCCCUUAAGAGUUUUGUCUGACUCUGAACCUACUAGGGGAGACAUAGAGCAGAAAGAAAACAACUAUGUACCUGUAUCCCUAGUUUGGGGACACAACCUACCCACAAACUCUGUUUCCAAGUCCCACAUAAAUGAGCCUUUUGAAGACCAAUGCAAAUAUAAGCCUGUGAGGGGAGAAGUGGAACAGAGAGAGAACUGCUGGGCCACUGAGCUCCCAGUCCUCAGCUCUCUCUCUGCUCCUCUACCAGAGCCACACACUGACCUUGAAUUUAUGUAUAGAAAUGUGCAACAGAGGGAGGACUCCCAGGGUAGCAGUCUACCAGUAGUGGAUCUCCUGCAUCCAAUACCGUGGUCUCCCACCGUAGCUGAAGCUCAGAAGAUUGAGCCCACCCAGCCUAGCCUACAGAAAAGAGAGAUGUUCACAGGAGCUAAGGUAGAGGGCCCAACCUCCCAAGAUAAGGCUAUCCCAGAAAUGCUCAAUCACCCUGGGAUCCAUACCUGGCAAUGGAGUAGAGAGUUAGAGCUCAGGCUGAAGAAACUACAGCGGGGCCCAUCUUUCAGCUCUCCUGUCUUGAGUUCCGUAACUCUAGAUUCCUGGGGACUCUCUUCCUGCCCACCACAGCAAACUCAUUCCCCCGAUCUGUACCCUGACUCUUUAAGCUGUAAUCCCCCCAAAGUUCAGAGCACACCAUCUCAAUCGGUUCAGUCCUCCCACUGUCAUCAUAUCCACUCUUCUUUCCUGCCUCAGUCACAGGCUUCUGGCAAAGUAGAACAAGAGUCUCAGAAAAAGGGGAGAAUAAAGGGAAAGAUGGUAGACCAAGUCUCGUCCCAGGGGCCAUAUGGUCACAUGCAGGCUGUUGAGAACUGUCUAGGUCUGGAAAAGCCCUCAAACCCUGGGGUUCUGGCCUCAGGAAAAAAACAAGUCAAAUCUUCAGCACUAUCUUUAGCCAAAAAGAACAAAAGUCUCAGAAAAUCCAAUUCAGGAGAAAGUGGAAGAGGGAAUGCAAGACUGGAUUCAUCCACACUCACAGGAAAGAGCCACCCUGCCCAGGCCUACAGACUAGCAGAUGCCCUUGUAAGCAGAUUUUCCCAAAGAUCUCAGCACAGGGGCCAGAGCUCUCAAUGCACUGCUAUUCCUCACCAGCUUCUGCUCAAGGAUGCAGGUCCCCAGAAUCAACAGAGGACAGGGGGAGUAGCCAGUGACAUCCAGAACCCUUGCCACUGUAAACACUGUCCUUGGGUGCAUAUGGAGAAGAAUCUUCCAUCCUCCUCACCCCAAGCUCCCCUAACCAGAGGUCUCCUAAGAGUCUUAGACAAAUUUAUGGGCACCCAUGGAUCCCUUCCCACCAAAUCCAGUCAAUAG